CCAGCUCUCAAUCUGAUCCCUCUCAACUCCAAGUCUCAGCGGUAUGAUGAUGCGCUGGCCUACUUUCGUACGAUCUCCUGGUGUGCGCAGCUGCUUGGGGUUGAUGGCGCUCAUUACUUUCUCCCUAACUGCCGUAACCCUGCUUCAGACCAGCGGGAUCAAUUCUUCAGCUCGACUCUGGCUACACCAACCACUCUUAAACACAUGUUGUGUGUGUUUGUGGCAGAGGACCAAUAUGUGUUACAAGAUACAUCAAAGCUGAUCACCAAGGUGCAGACGCUUUUCGCCCCUGAGGAAGGUCUAGGUGGUGUCGGAUCGAUGAUGCAUGGUGGAAUGACCAUGGCAAUGCUUGAUGAAUCUUCUAAUGUAUUGCUUGAGAUCAAUACUGUGAUGAACAAACAAGGAAUCAUGUUUAAAUCAGGCAGUGUCACAGGGGCGAUGGAAAUUAAAUUUAUGAAUCCUGUUCUGACUUGCCAAGCGGUUUUGGCUACGGCCCAGAUUGAUGCAGAUGAAGGCCGCAAGAUGAGAAUCAGGUGUGAUAUACGUGGCGAAGAUGGAAUAGUAUUAGCCAAAGCAUCUAGUACGUGGUUUGUUGUAAAUCAUCACCUUUGA